UCGGGCUCUCGCCGCCGGCCGCGCUAUAAGAAGCGGGGCGGGCGGCGGGGCCGCAGCGGGCGCGGCGGGGGAACGAGAUGAGCAGCGCCGGCGCCGCUGCAAGAUGCUGGAUGGACACGUCCUGCUGGGAUGGCUCUCCUCCUGCGCGCUCCUAGGGCUGCUCGCCUGCGCCCCGCGGCCCUCCGCCGCCUACUUCGGGCUGACGGGGAACGAACCCCUGACCAUCCUCCCUCUGACCUCGGAAAUGGAGGAGGCGGCCGUCAAGGCCCACUACAAGGUGUGUGACCGCCUGAAGCUGGAGAAGAAGCAGCGGCGGAUGUGCCGGCGCGACCCCGGCGUGGCCGAGACCCUGAUGGAGGCCAUCAGCAUGAGCGCCCUGGAGUGCCAGUACCAAUUCCGCUUCGAGCGCUGGAACUGCACCCUCGAGGGCCGCUACCGCGCCAGCCUCCUCAAGAGAGGUUUUAAGGAGACAGCCUUCCUGUACGCCAUCUCCUCGGCGGGGCUGACCCACGCCAUGGCCAAGGCGUGCAGCGCGGGGCGCAUGGAGCGCUGCACCUGCGACGAGGCGCCCGACCUGGAGAACAGGGAGGCCUGGCAGUGGGGAGGCUGUGGGGACAACCUCAAGUACAGCAACAAGUUCGUCAAGGAGUUCCUGGGGAGGAAGCCCAACAAGGACCUGCGAGCCAGGGUGGACUUCCACAACAACCUGGUGGGCAUGAAGGUCAUCAAAGCCGGCGUGGAGACCACCUGCAAAUGCCACGGCGUGUCUGGAUCCUGCACCGUCCGAACGUGCUGGAGGCAGCUCUCCCCCUUCCACGAGAUCGGGAAGCAGCUGAAGCAGAAGUACGAGACCUCGCUCAAGGUGGGCAGUACCACCAACGAGGCCACGGGGGAAGGCGACAUUUCCCCCCCUAAAAAAUCCAUCCCCGGCCACAGCGAUCAAAUCCCAAGGACUACGGAUCUCGUCUACAUUGACGACUCCCCGAGUUUCUGCCUGAUGAGUCGGUAUUCCCCCGGGACCUCGGGACGGAAGUGUUACAAGGACAAGAACUGCGACAGCAUCUGCUGCGGCCGGGGCCACAACACGCAGAGCCGGGUGGUGACGCGCCCGUGCCAGUGCCAGGUGCGUUGGUGCUGCUACGUGGAGUGCAAGCAGUGCACCCAGAGAGAGGAGGUUUACACCUGCAAGGACUGACGCAACCUGCGGCUUCUGCUGCACGGCCGCCCCCGGGGAUGGGCCAGCUUGGAGAACUGCCUAUGGAGACAAACAGGGUUUGAUUGACCUUCUGGCAUCUGGAAGCUAUGUUGAGACAUAAGCACUUUGUAGGGUACAGGUGACCCAGCUGUGUUGCUGUUUUGUUUUGGGGUUUUUUGUUUUGUUUUGUUUUUUUGUUUUGUUUUGUUUAUCCUAUAGACUGAAUUUUCAUGAGGUCCAACCAUGUGGAAAUAAGUGCCUGUCACACUGGGGUUAGACACCAGUUGACCUUCACCUUCGUUGUCUACAUAGUUUGACGGAUCAUUUCUCCUUGGAACAUUGUUUCAGCCAUCCUCCAUGAACUCCUGGGCUAAGAGAUUCCCUUUGGCAUGAAUAUCCUGUACUUCUUUAUUCCUGGAGCUCACCCAUCUGCUUAGAGAGCUGAUAAAAAAGAUCUUUCCACUCUGAGUGCGGUGGUGCCGGAAGCGGACAUUUAUUUUGCCUAAAACUGGAGAGGGAUUUGUAGGGAAUGAUAGGUUCUUCCAGUGGAGUUUCUGCACAUGGAGCAAACCAGGCUCUGACAAAGAGACCCACUGGGAGCAUCAGCUCUUUAAUGACAGCUCUGUACCCAUGUGCAUCGUCACCACGCACAGCUCGGAAAACGUUGGGUCCACCACGCUGCAGACAGAAAUAGAUCCAAGAAAGAGGUUGGGAAGACAGCAGAACACCAGACGUGCCUGUCCCCUUCAGUCCAAUCCUAUUCUUUAUUUAAAACAAUUCACUCAAAUGCAGGCUCUUUAGCACUAUCGCUGUCUUAAAUUUAAUUUUUUUUUUUAAACCACUAGAUACUUUUGUUUCAUUUUCACUUCGCGCAUGAUUUAUUUUUCUCUCCUCUUCCCACCUCUUGCUGAUGGAGGUCAACCUGUGGUAACUGCUUCAGAAAUCCCAACUGGAACUUGUUGAGUCUUAUGCCAGCUGAAUUUGGACGUGUUUCUCUUGAGUAGGACAAGAGGAAUCCGAGUGCCUCUUGGAACCCGGGGCUGUCUUGCCUUGUGGAGCAGCCGUUUUGGCCUGGAUCAGACCUCUGGAGGAGUUGACUUUUCUUUCCUAGGUCAUCAUUCCAUUUACUCUAAACCAUGGCAGUGGUACAUGACACAAGCUGUAUGUAAACCCUAUGACCUUAAGAUGAUUUUUUUUUUUUAACCACUAGAUCGAGAACUGUACUUUAAAAACACACGUGCUAAAUCCUAACAAACUCAUGGAUUUGGAAAAACCAAUCGACACAGAGACAACCUGAGAGAAGCCAGAAAUUUGACUGCAGGGGUUCAUCACUCCAACGCUGUGAAACACAUGACAACCUCCAGCAUUUCGUUUUUGCUUGGAAGAGGAGAUUUACAGUCCAGGACUUGGCGUGCCAAUAUUCUUCAUAUAAAAGUGGAUUGGAGGCAGCUAGUGAAGGCUUUAAUGAAGCUUUCUAAGGAAAAAAAAUGGGGAGCAGAGGGUGUUUUGUUUGAUUUUUGGUAGCAAUUUUUGACUGUCCAGUAGUAGCAAUUUCCACCAAGUUUCUAUAAGCCAUUGAUCUGGUGUUCAAAAGAGGAGAUUCUCAAGCAUUAGUAGAAAUUAGUAAAACAAAAUGAGAGCAAUUUGCCAAGAUGAACCGUUAUUUUUCAAAGUCUUUUUUCCCUUAUUCUUUAUUUAAUUUUUCCCCCCCUAAUUAUAGCCACUAAUAUUUAAGCUGUUCAUAUGCAUCUACUGGGAAGAGAAAAGAUAGAUUUGGGGUUUUCUUAGUAACAAAUACCUGCAAUUUAACCUGGCUCGUUGGCAUCAAAUCUUGAGGAGGGGGCAGCGGGAGGGACAGUUACUGUUUAAUAGCACCAUGGUUCUGCAGAGUGAAGCAAAAUGUCUCUUUUUUGGUGUUUCCUUAUUAGCUGUACCAUUCUGGAGGUUGGGAUAAUGCUGGAGGAGCGAAGGUGGAAUCCACAUGUGGAAUUCCCACCUUCCAAACCAGCAAAGCACCGGGAAGGUCUUGCAGCUUUUGGGAAAGUCACCCCCGAGCAGUUUAUCUAAUGGUUUAAAAAAUAAAUCGCCUAGAAGCCUAUUAUUCAGUGUGUAUAUAUAGAUAUAUAUGCACACCUUGACACAUAAAUAUAUAUAUAUAUAUAAAUAUUGAACAUUUAUUUAUUGUAAAGCCCUUCAGAAGGACCUUCUUAUGGUUUCAAUGUGGUAUUAUGUUAAAUUCUCUUUCUCCCUCUGUCUCUCUCUCUCACACAUAUGUGCAAACUCACUGUUACAUUUUUGUGUGUUCUAGAAUAGCUCUUCCCCUUCAAAGUAAAGCCAGAUCCAAACCUGCUCAAAACAGGAAUUUUGGGGUCUGAAUUACUAUUUCUGGCUCCAUUCUUUCUUUUUUUUUUUUUUUUUAAUCUGUUCUUAAUUAAAGGAUGGGCCGCAAUUUAUGUGCAUUAUUAUUAUUAUUAUUAUUAUUAAUUAUUAUUAUUAUUAUUGUUAUAUUUAAACCAUGGGCCUCAUUUUCCUCCUUUUCACUGGUGUCUCUGUCUCCGUUGACCUCGCUGGAGUAACUCCACAUUGCACUGGUGUGAGAGGAGAAUGAGUCCCUAGAAGCAGAAGAGAGGGGAGUGUUGGUAUGGAUAUCCUGGCCAAAAAAAUGCUGGGAUAGGAUGGGAUGUGAUAGGGAAUCUUGGUGUGUUCAGCAGUGUGGGGGAGAGAGACAUGGGUAGGAAAUAAAGCAGAUUGUCCAAGCUUGUCUAGAAGAAAGCAGCAAAGAGUGAAUGAACUACUGAGUGAAAGAGCUCUUCUGUGUAUUGUAACUCACGCACUGAAGCCUGGAUGCUUUCUGUAAGUAUUUAAAAAAAAAGAAAAGACAAAAAAGAAAAAAAAAAAAGACAAAAGAAAAAAAACCAAAAAAAAAGAAUAAUAAGAAAAAACCACCACAAAUUGUAUUUAUGUUCAUGUGGAUAUAGUACUUGCCUGUUAUAUAUUGUAAAUAGCAAGGUUUAUUCUCCUGUGGUUAAAAAAAAAUUAUAAAUAACUAAAUAGUAGCGAGGCACAUGUGUUAAAUGUAUAGGCAGUGUAUAAAAUAUACUAACACUCUGAAAUCAGGAGAACUUAUCUUCUUGGCCUUUUGACCUAGGGUGGUAAAACAAACGUGGGUUAUUUUUCUUCUCCCCCCUGCCCCACGCUGUGGGUGUGUUUUGGUUAGGGGGUCUUUAGUUCCAGCGUUUUCCAAUGUUUGCCUUAUCGUUGAAGAAGGAACUGGGGCAAAAGCCUCCUUUUGGAAAAAUCCAGUGGAGCUUAAAAAGUAGCUGGGAGAGAAUCUGUCAAACCAUCUCAAAACCCUUUGGAGUGCUAGGCCUGGGCUUUCUGAUGGUGAGAGAUGUGUUGGAGUUGAAUUUACUCACGGAGUACGAGUGCUACUCCAUCCACAAGUCUGGAAAACCCUAAACAAGAGACUGGGAGCUCCUGUAUAAAACACUGGGGAGUGUCCUGCAAAACCUUUUUGUCCCAGCUGGAUUAAACUGGAUUUUUCCAGAGAGGCUGAUUCUGCCACCACACCAUUGGAUCUCCAGUGCAAUUCAGUGAAAUUGCUCAGUUUUGUAAAACUACUUCAACGGUGGAUUUGGGUCCCUGAACUUUUUCAUGGUGUCAUUUCAUAUAUAUAUAUAUAUAUAU